AUGGCGACUCUGUCCGAAUCAUGAUCUGAGCAGCGGCAGCCUGAAACUGGGCUGGGCAGCUUCCUGGUCCUCCCUGGACCUGGUGCCGGGCUUGGGGAUCCGACUGCUGGGCACUGUGCAGCGGGCUGUGACGGAGACUGGCUGUUGGCAAUGAUAGCAGCGGUCGUUCAGCUCAUCCAGAAUCAAUCAAUCAAUGGCAAGAACUUUGAAGGUGAAGAUGAAUAUGACCAACAGCACCCAGAACAUCCCAGCCCAGCCCAGCCAGCAGAGCUCGGGCAGUGGCAAUGAAUACUUUUACAUCCUGAUCGUCAUGUCCUUCUAUGGGAUCUUCCUCAUCGGGAUCAUGCUGGGUUACGUGAAAUCCAAGAGGAAGGAGCCGAAAUCCAGCUUGCUGCUGCUGUACCAGGAUGAAGAGAGGCUCUGGGGGGAAGCCAUGAAGCCCCUGCCGGUGGUGCCGGGACGGAGGGUGGCCCAGGUGCCCAUGAUGCUCAGCAUGCUGCAGGACAGCGUGGUGCCCCCCUGGUCCUGUGCCAUCUGCCUCAUGGAAGGGGGCAGCGUCAGCUCCGAGUCCUCGUCCCCAGAUGUUCACUUGACCAUCCAAGAGGAGGUCCCCGACGAUGAGAUGGGGGAGACCUCGGAGACUCCCCUCAACGAAAGCAGCGAGGGGUCUUCAGACAACAUCCACCACGCCUCCUAGCACCUCCUGGUCCCCCCUCCCCCCGACCGAGUGAGUGGAAGGAGUUGUUCGAUCUAGCGGGUUCGACUUUUCCGCUGCGGCUGACCCAUCAGGGAUGGUCCCCCGAGUCCCAGUGUCCAGGGCCUCAGCCCAAGGUGGCCAGAUCAAGAAGUUAACGUCAGGCUGGCGAAUGGACCUCGCUCUCCAAAUCCCAAAUGAUUUUCAGUUUGUAUAUUUCA